ACUUUCCAUACUGAUUGCAUAUGCUCCAUUGGAUUUCUCGUUGCGUGGUGUAAGAAAAACUUCAAAUUGUAGAAAAGGAGGACUGUUCGAGUGCUGACUAGUUGCCUAUUUGAGGAAUCUAUCACGAUACGAAAUCAGAAUAGCUACAUGCGCCAAGAUAGCCACAAUGAGUUCAAAUAAUCAGGAAUCAGAUAGACAGGAUAGUAAAAAUGGCGUUGUUGGCAAUAUUGAACUUCCUGACAAUAAUCUACCUGACCAAAUUACAUCAGAAGAACCCAGAUGUUUCGUGUGUGAUGUAAAGGUGCAGGGUCGUAAUUAUUUACUAGCCACUUGUCGCACACAGAGAAGCAGAUCUCGUAUUAUUGAAAAACUAGGAGAACUAGUUGGAGAAAAAUACAUGGUAGUUAUAUCGGAAGAUGACGUAAUAUGCAGAUGCUGUGCGAAUCUAAUGAAUACUCUUGACCGACUAGAAAAUGAAAUGCAAGGAGUAAGAAGUACAAUCUUGCGUUUCUUAGAACAAAAAUACUCGUUGGAAGAUGGUGAACUAUUGAGUAAUAGCGAUACCGUAAAGCCAUGUCAGCCACCACAGAUCACAAAAAGUGAAAAAUCUAGCAGCGGUGGUUAUCAUGGAAGAAAAAGGGCAGCUGUUUGUUCAUCAGAACCCUCCUCUGAUUGGAACAAACAAAAAAAGUCCAACAAUGUUUGGAUGCAGUGUGACAAAUGCCGAUAUACGACCCGAUACAAUACAUUUAUGGCACAUCAUAUUCGUCCACAUAUAAAGCAGCGGUCUAGUUGCGAGAAAUGUGGCGUGCAAAUAUCACCUCAACAAGUUCCUCAUUUUUGUCAAGACAAGAGUAACCAACUGCAAAAUUCAGUUUUGAACCAAGUUGAUGAAACUAAAGAACUGCCAAUACUGGCUACAUCCAUGGAGGCAUUUUCUGAGAACCCACUACCCAAUUCGAAUGGUCAGAAAGAACAGAAUUCAAUUACAGUAUUGCAUCCAAAUUUGAUACCAGAAGAUGAACUAAAACAAGAAAACGUCCAGCUCAUACAGUUAGCAGGUCCUGAUGAUAUUCAAAUUGAAAAUAUCAUCACUUCAGAUGCAACUAGAUCAGGACAUGAGGUGUAUGUCAGAGUGCUGCAGCAGGUUGAUGAUGAAGAGAGAGACUCUUCAAUGGAGGUUGCGACGUGUACAAGUGGUGAAAUGAUGAUGAAAAUGAAAGAUGGCACUGGAAAGCAGAUGUUAACAUUAGCAGAAGAUGGUAGUCUUGAAAUGGUCGAAGUUACUUCUUGGGAUGACAUACAUACUUCACAACCCGAUCCAGACAUGCACUUCUAGUUGCCUCAUUGGUUUGAAUUCAUUUAUAUACUGAAUUUAUUGCUAUGAAAAAAUUGGUCAAGUUUGAACAGCUAUCACUAUCAUGGUCAUUGAGAAAUCUUGAACAUUGAUUGAUAUGAGAAUUAUUUGAGGUACACCUAUUCCAGACUGAUAUUAGGGGUGCAAGGUUGUUGACGUUUAAGUUACUAACAUGAGAAUAAAGUUUUCUGAAGCAGGAAAUUCAGUGUGCUCGUUGCUACGAAUAUAAUUUCUACGCAACUUUUAAUAUUUUCUCUAAAGAUUGAACAAAAUAUAUUGCCUUUGCCUUACUUUUAAAAUUCAUGUUAAAAUUUCAUUGACUCAUAAUUAAGCCACUUUAUUUUUUUUUCAAUAUCUUGUGUUUAUGGAUAAUCUGUCCAUGUUGAAGCUAGACUUGAUAUAAAGUUUCGUGUGUGAAUAACCGUUUUGCAUUGAUAAAAAUCUUUAUCACAUAUUUCUUUUUCCACUAGAUGUAAGGCUCAAUAGUACGUAAUAAACACCAAACAAAGGUCCUAUGCCAAAAGUAUUUUCGUUUUUCAGUUAUAGUUUUAUUUAUGUGUUUUAAACUAAUUGUAAGUUGAUGUGAUUUUUAUACUUAAGUGCCAAAAAUAUAUUUUCAUAAAUUCUAAUUUAGUAUUAGUAAACAGUGUCAAACUGUUUCUUCCCUAAGCUUUGAGGGAUAAAUUAAGCUACGAUUGUUAUUCAAAUUCAGUACACGUAAUGUAUAAUAUUCACUCUUCCGUCGUUGAUUUAUUUGAGAUGUUAAGACGUUUUUUCUAAGUUAUCAUCUUGAUACCUGUACCUGUACCUGUUUCGCAUAAAAACGUAUGUCAAUGCUAACUUUUGUACGAAAUUGUUGCUCAUGCUUGUAUAUAAAGCAAUACGUUUUUAAUGUACGAUAAAUAAAUACUGCAUUUCUUGUUCGAUUUCAAUUA